AUGGACAGCUUGUCAGGCUUUAAAUUCUCUUGCAUUUCAGAUCGCCUUCAUUUUGCAAUUCUCUGCCAAAAACCAAAGAGUGGAGCUGCAAAUACCCAUUAUUUCUGCAUAGAUGAUGAACUUGUAUAUGAGAACUUCUAUGCAGAUUUUGGACCACUCAAUCUGGCAAUGGUCUACAGAUACUGCUGCAAGCUAAAUAAGAAAUUAAAGUCAUUUUCAUUGUUAAGGAAGAAAAUAAUUCAUUAUACUGGCUUUGAUCAGAAAAAACAAGCAAAUGCUGCGUUCCUCAUAGGCUCUUAUGCAAUAAUAUACUUGAGAGAAUCCCCAGGUGAUGUGUACAGGCUUUUAUUGGCCGGAAACAUUUCAUAUCUUCCCUUCAGGGAUGCUUCAUUUGGUACUUGCAGUUUUCAUCUAACAUUGCUGGAUUGUUUUCAUGCAAUAAACAAGGCUUUGCAGUAUGGUUUCCUGGAUUUCAAUGCGUUUGAUGUAAAUGAAUAUGAGCAUUAUGAGAGAGCAGAAAAUGGAGAUUUUAACUGGAUAAUACCAAACAAAUUCAUUGCCUUCAGUGGACCUCAUUCAAGAAGUAAAAUUGAAAAUGGCUAUCCCCAUCAUGCUCCAGAGGCUUAUUUCCCGUACUUCAAGAAACAUAAGGUCACCACUGUAAUACGCCUCAACAAAAAACUGUAUGAUGCCAAACGAUUUACAGAUGCUGGAUUUGAGCAUUAUGACCUCUUCUUUGCUGAUGGAAGCAUACCUAGUGAUACUAUAGUUAAAACAUUUCUAAAUAUUUGUGAAAGUGCUGAAGGUGUUAUAGCCAUUCAUUGCAAAGCUGGUCUUGGGCGAACUGGCACACUUAUAGCCUGUUAUAUUAUAAAGCAUUACCGGAUGACAGCUGCUGAAACUAUUGCCUGGAUUAGAAUAAAUAGACCUGGUUCAGUGAUUGGACCACAACAACACUUCCUGAUGGAGAAACAGGCAGAACUUUGGACAGAGGGAGAUAUUUUCCGUGCAAAGUUGAAGGAAAACCAUAACAUUGCUGUAACAAAAAUCUUGUCAGGAGUAGAUGAUAUUUCAAUUAAUGAUGCGAAAAACAGCAGAGCCAACCGAAAGGACAUUGAACUGUACAGUGAUGAAGACGAAACAAACUGUGUAACACAAGGUGAUAAACUUCGUGCUCUGAAAAGUAGAAGGCAAGCGAAAGCUACAACCACAUCUCCUCUAACAGUAAUUCUACAGUCCGAUGUUCAGAAAAAUAAAACAUCUGAACCUAGCAUUUCUGACUGUACAGACAUUACUAAAAGAACUACCAGGUCUGCUGCAAGAAAAAACAGUUUAAAAAGCAACCAGUCCAUCCCAAGGACUAGAACAGUAUUGUGUUAAAUUUCAAAUAAGCAACCACUGUUGAAGAGAAUAUUCAGGAAUGAAAGGGAAUUCACUAGAAGGGACUUAAUGCAAUUCAAAAGAGAUGAUGCUUUGGCUCCAUUUUUCAGCAAAGAAAGAUUAAACAGAAAAUCUUGUCUGUGUUUGUAGAAUAAAAUGAACUGUCAACAUGCUUAAUAGACAAGCGUCCUAAUGUGCUAAACAUUUCAUCAAACAAAAACCAACAAAAUCUAACUAACUGUAAAUUUAGACUCAGGUGUAAAUACCUAAGCACUCUAUUAUAAAGAGGACUUGCUAGUACAUAUAAUGCACAUGUAUAAAUUGUGAUGGCAAUCACUUAGUUGCUGACCACCAGAAGUGAAAAAGAAGGUGGGAACUUUAAAAUAUUUUAAUGUGUUGCCCAUUCAGAUUGGGCUUGUGCUCAAGUCUCCAGUACAAACUCAACUGCAAAGGCUUUAUUCUUAUAGUGUGGGUACUC